AUGUCGCUUGUUGCAACGAGAGCACGGCGUGCCAACGCCGGUAAUAGAAUGCGGGAACUCCUACAACAAGAAUUGGAAGCCGAUAAGAUGUUUGAGGAAAUUGCUAAUGAUGAAGAUUAUAUAGUGCUUCAAGGCAUGCGAUCUGACCUAACGAUGUGGGAACAGUUAUUUUCAAAUUUAUUCUUAAUAGAGGAAGAAGAUGUUGCCGAUUCUGAUUUUGAUCAGAGCAGCGGCACGGAUAAUGAUAAUGAAGAUGCCGAGGAACAGUUGCAGAGAACGGAAAAGAAGGAGAGACAAGAGAGGAAGAGAAAAGCGACAUCGGCUUUUAUGAACGCCGUCACUCGGAAAAAAAGGGCUACGAAACAAACUCGUGAAAAUGUUUCGAAUAAGACUACAACUGGCCGAGACUCAAAAGCCACAUCUUCUUCAACAGAAUCACAGAAACAGCGAAAGACAUCCUUGACUUCUGCGCCCCUACUCGGCGGUGUACGUUCAUCUUCACGUACUCACACUGUGCAGAAUAAAAAGAUAUUAGAACAAAAGCUAAAAGAGUAUGAAGAGAAACGGGCCCAACUGCCAAAACGCGAAAAAGUCAUAACCAAACCUCCUACUCAAGAAGAACUUCUUGUGCUUGCUAAGGAGACCGAAGAAGAAAACUUGGCAUCUCUGCGGGCGUUCGAAUUGCGGGAGGCCGAGCGCAUGAAAUCCGCGCGGCCAGUUAAAGAGAGGAAGAUCAAUGGACCCUUUAUACGUGAAAUAUCGUUCAUCGAAGGGGAUGAUCGACACAGAAGGAAGAAAUUGGUUUACGAAGUAUCUACUGACAGUGACGGAAAGAAUGUGUCUAGGGAGUUGAAAGACGUUCAGUGGUGGGAUGGCCAGGAUGGCUUUGGAGAAGCAGAUAUAGACACCAGACAAGCUAGGAAUCUAGUUGUGCUCACGAAUUUUACGAGAGAACAAGAAUUGACCAUGUUUGAGGACUGGAGGAGAAAACCACAAAAACCCAAAAAAGUCAUUUGUCCAUUAACGGGACAUCCUGCAAAAUAUAAAGAUCCCAAGACGGGAAUACCGUAUGCGACAGGAGAAGCCUAUUCGAAAGUACGUCAGUUGGUUAAUAACAAAUACGUCUACUCACCGAUUCUACAGGCUUAUGUGCAGUCGGUGGAUCAGAAACCUGCAGCAGGUGUUCCUGCAGAGUUUCGAACCGCUUAA